AUGCUGAGGGCUUUAUGUUCAGUUUUAAGGGAGAACAGUAACCAGUCUGGAGGGAGUUUUCCCCAAUCUAAAGAUAGUAACAUUAGUGAUAUUUCAUUGUCCACUUACGUUAAAGACAGUUCUUUAAAUAGAAUCAGCAGCACAAACAGUGGAAAUGGAGUUUCCUGUGGAAAAACUCAAGUUAAAGAUAUUAGUGAUGCAACUCGAGGGCUACACUACCUAUCUACUUGGAAAGCAGAAUGGAAAAAUUAUGUCAAUGAGCUACAGGUAAAGGAGGUAAUUUUUCCAGGCAGGGAACAACUUAGACAGAUUGUUCAGGAAAGGGCAGUAACUCCUGAUGAACCUUUAUCAAACAAAAGGAGAGGAAAACCAUCAAGAUGUGUGAUGCACAUAGAUAUGGAUUGUUUCUUUGUUUCUGUUGGACUGAGGAAGAGGCCAGACUUGAGAGGUAAACCUGUAGCUGUAACACAUUCCAAGGGUAAAGGUCAAACCCCUGACCCGUUAGCUGAUCCAGUACUGGAGAGACGUCAGUGGGAGGAGAAAAAGUUACAGAGAAGAGGCAAAGGCAAGAAAACAAUUAAACCAGUUGACACAACCAGUUUAGAUGAUGAUAUGAGUUUUCCAGAUCAGUCUGACUCUGAUGAUGAUGUCACAGAUGAUGUCAUCAAUACUGUCAGUGCUGUUACUACGACAACAAUAGAAUCAUUCCACUCAAUGGCUGAGAUAGCUUCUUGCAGCUAUGAAGCAAGGCAGGCUGGUGUUAAGAAUGGUAUGUUUAUGGGUAGAGCUAAGAGUAUAUGCCCAGACCUUGUUACAAUACCUUAUGACUUUGAUGGCUACAAACAAGUCUCUAAAACAUUAUAUGAUACUGUAGCAAGUUUUACACAUGAUAUAGAGGCUGUAAGUUGUGAUGAGAUGUUAGUUGAUUGUACAGAUUUACUGGCAGAUACUGGGAGCCACACCUCUAGAGUUUGCCACACUACUUCGUUCUCAACUCUUCCAACAAACACACAGUGUCCAGCAUCGGCAGGCAUUGGAUCAAGUAUACUACUAGCCAGGAUGGCAACAAGGAAGGCUAAACCUAACGGUCAAUUCUACCUGACAGAAGAUCUUGUAUCAGAUUACAUUAAAUCACAGCCAGUCAAAGAUUUACCAG